CCCACAUUUUUCCUCAUGAUCAGCGUCCUGCGGUUUCAUUUCGUUUCAACUCCGGCGCCCAUUUCUUCUCAGAAGUCUCCGUCGCUGUCCCUCAAUCCGCCACGUCUACCGCCACCUUCACUCAAGAGGAUUUCGAUUUCGAAUGCCUUGAAUUUCAAUUCCCUCGAAGCUCGAUCACUCAGAUACGCCAUCUCUUCCAUGGCCGGCUCCGAUUUCAGCUAUGUGAACCCAGCAGUUGCUGAAAUUAUUGUAGUGCGGCAUGGUGAAACGGCUUGGAAUGCCGAUGGAAGAAUUCAGGGACACCUGGACGUUGAACUAAAUGAUGCUGGGCGACAGCAAGCAGUUGCAGUUGCUAAUCGGCUGGCCAAGGAGCCUAAAAUCUCUGCUGUAUACUCUUCUGACUUAAAAAGAGCUCUUGAAACUGCACAGAUAAUUGCAACUACAUGUGGUAAUCUGGAGGUUAUUAAAGAUCCUGACUUGAGGGAAAGACAUUUAGGAGAUCUUCAAGGUCUGGUAUAUCGUGAAGCGGUCACAACAAAACCGGAAGCUUGGGGGGCUUUGAGAUCUCACAGUUCAGAUCAAACAAUUCCGGGUGGUGGAGAAAGUUUGGACCAACUUUAUCAGCGUUGCACAUCUUCUUUGCAAAAGAUUGGAAAUAAGCAUAGAGGAGAACAAGUAGUUGUGGUCACUCACGGUGGUACGAUUCGAUCACUGUGUAAGCGAGCUCAGCAUCAUGGCGAUAGAGGAGGCAAGAUACUGAAUACAUCUGUGAAUAUAUUUCACUUGUCUGAUGGGGAGAAAUGGAAGAUUAAAUCAUGGGGUGAUAUUAGCCAUCUUCACCAGACAGAAUAUUUGCAGUCUGGAUUUGGAGGAGAUAAAAAUUCGGGGUAGGUAGACCGUUCCACGACACCUUUUGGCAUCAGUCGAUUCGAGCAAUAAUGCAGAUGAUCAGGUAAGUGAGUCCAAUUUGUUUAGGAAGAUUCAUGCUUUAAUCCUAAACAGUGGAUGAUAGACCUGCCAUUAUCAUACUUUAGUGAAUAAAUUAAAAUUAAUAAUGUUGGGAAGAAAUUUAAACCUGUAACCUAAACCUAUUUUUAGCAUAUCUGGAGGAUGUGAUUCCAACCUAUAAUCUGGGAAAGGUCAAAUUUGACCAAAUAAUGUUCAAUAUGACCUAGAAUGGUGCAUAUUGGUACUAUAGACAAGAUUAUGAACAUGCUGUACCUAUUUUGGAGAAA